UAGUCACCCUGACCUUCAAAAACACGUGUGAAAAUAGAUCCCAGAAAAGUGAAAAAACGUCAUGUGUUAUUGAGGAAACAACAAACAACUCUGACCCGAAAAUAUGGCUGUAGCUCGCACUCAGUCCCCUCAGGGGCGUAAAUUUUACGACUUUGCUCUCCCGGAAGCUCAAUCCACGGAGAGAUCUGCCCGCGGCCCAAACCUUGAUUUGAUCAAUGGAAUUCAGCAAGAUCUUAAAGAGCACCUCACGACCUUUGUGGGCCCAUUUGGACGGCGACCUAUUAUACACGCCGACCAUAUUGCCUCUGGGCAAUCUCUUGGAUUCGUUGAAUCAAUCAUCCAAAGGCAAGUGUUGCCUUUCUACGGCAAUACCCACACCUCCACCUCCGUCACAUCCUUACAGACGAGCAUGUUUCGUCAUGAAGCCAGGGACACCAUCAGAAAUGCUUGCCACGCCUCUGAAGAGGAUGCUGUGAUUUUUGCUGGUCACGGAUGCACAGGGGCGGUUCACAAGUUGAUUGACGCCUUGGAUCUGCCACGGCAGAAGCAACCAGUAACCGUCUUUGUGAGUGGGAUGGAACAUCAUUCCAAUUUACUCCCUUGGAGAGAUUUAGGGGCACAGAUGGUUUACAUUCCUGAAGACGCAGAGGGUCAAAUUGACCACAAUGCGCUGAGAUCGGCCUUGGAAGCCCAUGAAAACAGUUCCACCCUGUUGAUUGGCUGCUUUUGCGCCGCUUCGAAUGUCACUGGGAUUCUCAAUGACGAUUUGGCCAUCACAGCCUUGUUACAUCAACAUGGGGCUUUGGCCUUUUGGGAUUAUGCCACGGCUGCUCCAUAUUUGGAGGUUAACAUGAACCCUAAAGUGCCUUUUGAUGUGGAUAAUCUGUGUUAUAAGGAUGCUGUUUAUUUCUCACUACAUAAGUUCAUGGGCGGGGUUCAAACUCCCGGGGUUUUGAUUGCCAAGAAGAAGUUGUUUGUGAGCGAUAAGCCCAAUGGUGCGGGUGGGGGAAGUGUGUUCUUUGUCAAAGGGAACGGCCAUAGAUACCUGAAGGACCCUGAGGUGCGAGAAGAAGGUGGAACCCCGGCCAUUGUGCAAAGUAUUCGAGGAGGAAUUGUCAUGAAACUGAAGGAUACAGUAACCACGGGAUAUAUUAUUCAACGUGAACUCGACUUGAAGAAAAAAGCCUUUCAACGGUUAGAGAGUAUGAACAAUUUUGCCCUCUUGGGCAGUCGUAGUCAGCCCAGGCUAGCAGUGAUAUCGUUCAUGAUUCGUCAUGGAGAUGGGUACCUUCAUCACAAUUUUGUGGCCUCUUUGUUGAACGACGUGUUUGGGAUCCAAUGUAGAGGUGGAUGUGCUUGUGCUGGUCCGUAUGUCCAACAUUUAUUGGGCAUUGAUGUGAAGUUGGCUGAGGCAUUUGAAGAAGCCCUUCUAGAGGAUGAUCGUUUGGACCGACACCACCUCCGUCGAGGCCCAGCCGAGUAUUCUACUUACGAGAUCUUAAGACCAGGAUUUACAAGAUUGAAUUUACCCUGGACAAGCUCAGAGGAAGAGAUUGACUUUAUCCUCAACGCAUUGGCUUUUGUCUCUGAUCAUGGGUGGAAGCUGUUGCCUCUGUAUUGCAUGAACUAUGAGUCUGGAGAUUGGAAGCAUCACUUUUUCUCGGGAUAUUCAGAACGGAAAUGGUUGGGCGACAUCGAUUUUCAGACUUACUUAUCACCCAAUAAGAAAAAUGACCCCAAGCAUGUACCGCUCUCUUUUCAAGACAUUUUAAUUGAGGCCAAUAAUUUGAUUGGAUCUACCUCGAAGCAUAGCCUUUCCUUGCAGUUAGGAGAUCAAGCUAUCAUUUUUGACAAAGUUAAACACCUCCGAUGGUUCUUGCUACCCUCUGAAGCCCAAGAUCAACUCCGUGGCAAUCAAACCCAGGAUCUCAAGUCUCCUUUUCAUGUGCUCAAUUAUAUCAAUUCUAAUGUUGAGGAAGUGCGUGAUGUCAAAACCAUUGGUUCAUUUUCUCCUUCUUUUUCGCCAAAUGACGAACUAAAAACAAUUUUGUGUAAGACGAAGAGAGCGUCAACUUGGUUGCCUACAAAAGACCAGACAGAACCCCAUUUCCCAAUAGUUCCAUCUCAUCCUCAAUUGGAAGUCACCGAUACAAAUUCGUCUUCGUCCAAUGAAGUUAUGAAAUGCUCAUACGAUCUCUGCGUUUUGACAGAGAAGAGACUCCCUAUUCCAGAAUUGCGAGUGAAGUCAAUCUGGCGACCGCCCACCAAAGACAUAUUUAAGCCGUUUCUAGAAGCAGUGGAGACCUUUAAAAUGAUCCGAGAUGGGGAUCGAGUCUUGGUAUGCCUCUCAGGUGGAAAGGAUUCACUCAGUCUUUUACACGCCAUGAAGCAAUAUCAGUACUACGGCAAGAAAAACGGCAUUCAGUUCGACCUUGGAGCUGUCACCGUUGAUCCUUUAAGCUCCGCCUAUGAUCCAAGACCGCUCAUUCCCUACCUAGAGGAACUGCACGUCCCUUACCUCUACGAAGAACAAGCCAUCAUGGAGCAAGCCUUGGCCGCAAAUUGUUCCUCGAUUUGCGCCUUUUGCUCCAGAAUGAAACGUGGUCGUAUUUAUGCCUCUGCUAGGCGCGAAAAAUACAAUGUUUUGGCAAUGGGUCAGCAUCUGGACGAUUUAGCGGAGUCGUUCCUCAUGUCUGUGUUCCACAAUGGCCGAUUGAGAACCAUGAAGGCCCAUUACACGGUGAAAGAAGGGGAUCUGAGAGUGAUUCGCCCUUUCGCCUUUGUCAGGGAAAAGCAACUCCGGAUUUUUGCUGAGACGCAGAAGCUACCCGUGAUCCCGGAAAAUUGUCCGGCUUGCUUUGAAAGUCCGAAAGAACGUCACCGUAUGAAGCAACUGUUGGCCCAACAAGAAAUCCUGUUCCCGAAGUUGUACUGGAGCCUCAAGAGCGCCAUGAUUCCAGUUAUGAACAUUCGUAAGACCGGCCUCGAAAGUACGAUCUUUGGAAGGAACAAUUUCAACAAAAAAGAAACUACCGAUGUGGCCGACAGUUCGGAUGAGGAGGAGUGCUAACUUUAUUGAAAAGAAUAAUAAGGAACAUGGUCAGAGAGGAAAUGGUCUAUUAAGACAUUUAUUGAGCGAUUUAACCCAACAUAGUCCGUUUCCUCCCACGUAGUCGGAUCUCUUCAUACUUCUUAAGAAUCUCUGAGCAGUCUUUCUGAGGCACGUCGCUUUUGUAGGCCUUCAUGAUGGCAUCAAAGAUUGCCUCCGUAUUCGGGUGUGUAGAUAGAAACGCCCUCUCCAAAACAUACAAAUCCACCCCUUUAUCCUCAGCCGAGCCUUCCGCAAAUCCGAGCCCGAAAUCAAUCAGAACCAAUUCAAGUUCACAAUCGGGCGCUCCCGGAUUUGCCACCAAUAUAUUCGAUGUCGUCAGAUCUCCGUGGAUGAUAUGAUUGGAAUGGAUGAGCGCCAAAACUUUCCCAAUGACUUGAGCCAAGGCCAGAAGUCUGGGUUCAGAUCCAUCCUCAGCCAAUAGCGUCUGAAUAAAAUACCGGCACGUUUGAGCGCGUGCCAAGAAUUCCAUCACAA